CUUGUCUGUUUUUGUUGCUCUUCUGCGUCAACAUCAGCUCCACUCACUGCAGCUGCUCAACACUUUACAAAAGGUGCCAUGUUUCGCCGGUGGGGUUGGAGCUUCAGGGAUUUUGAGGAGAUCGACCUGUUCUCAGAUCGUUAUGACACAAAUGCACAAACACUGUCCCAGGCCAUCAGAGCCGCAGCCACUGAGGAGCCCGACGCAGACGGAAGUGUGCUGUUUGGGCAGAUGAAAGGCACUGUGGUGGGGCUGAGGUAUUACACAGGAGUGGUGAACCGGGGAGAGAUGGUUGGCCUAGUGAGACAGCCCCAGAAUCCGUACGACCGAAACGCAGUGAUGGUUGCGAAUGUGUACGGGCAUCAGGUGGGACACAUCAAGAAAGAACUGGCCGCUGCAAUGGCUCAGAUCAUGGACAACAACCUGGCCAAAGUAGAAGGGGUUGUGUACUCGGGAACGAACAACACUUUCUCGAUGCCUGUCACUUUGUCGUUUUGGGGCAAAGAAGAAAACAAAGAAAAUGUGACAAAAGCUUUGGCUCGACGCGGUUUCAGACUCGAGACCAGUGUUGGCUCUGGAUCUGGUUCUGGAGGUGGGUAUCAAGAAACCUACUCAAAAGGAGGAAGACUUCCCAAAAAGGGUGUAACAGUCCCACUGACAGCAGAAGAGCUGAAAAAUGCAUUUGACAAUUUGUUUGAAGGAUUGAUGGAAAGUAAAGAUGGAGAGAAAGAGGCUGCAGAUGCGGUGUCCACUCCGCUCCUGCCCCAUCAGAAGCAGGCUCUGUCCUGGAUGUGUGCCAGAGAAAACAAGUCGAGUCUUCCUCCGUUUUGGGAGAAGAGAGGAGAGCUGUACUACAACAGUCUCACCUGCUUCUCCUCCAAAGAGGUCCCAGAGAGGGUCCGAGGGGGCAUCCUGGCUGACGACAUGGGACUGGGGAAAACGCUCACAACUAUCGCUCUUAUUCUCACCAACUUCCACCAAGAAAAGCCUCUGCCUGUUGAGAAAACUGGAAAAUCGUCACCCUAUAAGAGCCUAACAAAGCCCCCCACAAAAGCCCCCCAGAUCAGUCCACAGACGGAGGCUGUCUGUGCUAAAGGUGCCCCUAAAAAUGUUGUGGUAGAAGACGACACUAAUAAAAAAACUGGAAAGGAAAAGAAAAACGCCCCAAAGAGGAAAAACAGUAAAGAUGGCGUGGGACUGUUUGAUGAUUUGGACUUUGCUGCUGCUCUGGGUGGCUCCACGUCAAACACAGGCCAGAAGAAGAAGAAAGCAGACAAAAACACGGCUGCUUCACAAAGCGGAGAUCCAACCAUCCCUGAUAUUCCCGAGGAUCCAUCAGCCACAGCCACUCUCAUCGUCUGCCCUCUCUCUGUGCUCAGUAACUGGCUGGACCAGUUUGAGCAGCAUGUGAGUGUUAAUGUUAAGCUCAAUGUGUAUCUGUACUACGGCUCGGAGCGAAACAGGAGCGAGAAGUUUCUCUCCUCUCAGGAUGUCGUUAUAACAACCUACAAUGUUCUCUCCGCUGACUUCGGGAACAAAAGUCCCCUCCAUAAAAUAAACUGGCUCCGGGUGGUUCUGGACGAGGGGCAUUUCAUCAGAAACCCAAACGCACAGAUGAGCAAAGCCGUGCUGGAGCUCAAAGCAUCGCGGCGCUGGAUUCUUUCAGGUACUCCCAUCCAGAACAGUGUGAAGGACCUGUGGACUCUUCUGGCUUUUCUGCGUCUGAAGCCGUUUGACGUGAGAGAGUGGUGGAACAGAGUGAUCCAGAGACCAGUCACACAGGGGGACCGCACUGGGCUGCAAAACCUCCAAACUCUGGUGAAAUGCGUAACUCUGAGGAGAACAAAGACCAGUGAAGUGAACGGGCGCCCACUGGUGGUGCUCCCGGAGAAGGCAGUGUUUGUGGAGCAGGUGGAGCUGAGCCCAGAGGAGAGAGCAGAGUACGAACUGGCCAACAGUGAGGGACAAAAAACCAUCAGGAGAUAUGUCGCCGAGGGGUCCGUCUUGAAGAAUUAUGCAGAUGUUUUGGCAAUUCUCAUGAGACUCAGACAACACUGCUGCCACCCGGACCUGCCCACCAAGAGUAGUUCAGAUUCAAGUUCAGAUGCCACCCCUGCUGAGCUGCGACAGCGUCUUAUAGAGAAACUGCGUCUGGUUUUGGUGAGCGGCUCUGACGAGGAAUGCUCCGUCUGUUUGGAUUCGGUCCGAUUUCCCGUCAUCACCCACUGCGCCCACGUCUACUGCCGGCCCUGCAUCGCCAAAGUCAUCAGCACUCAGGAGGAAAGGGCACGGUGUCCUUUGUGCCGCAGUGAUAUCAGACAAAAUGAACUGGUGGAGGUUCCAGAGGAGGAAGACACAGGCGGCAACACCAAACAAUGGAGAACCAGCUCAAAGGUACAGGCUCUGAUGGGGAACCUGCUCAGACUGAGACUGAACGACCAGAGCAUCAAGUGUCUGGUGGUUUCUCAGUUCACUCGCUUCCUCACCGUCCUGGAAACUCCACUCAGAGAGGAGGGCUUCAGUUUUGUGCGUCUAGAUGGGACCAUGACGCAGAAGAGAAGAGCUCAGGUGAUCCAGGACUUUCAGAGCAGCUCCUCGGACGGUCCCUCCAUCAUGCUCCUGUCGCUUAAAGCCGGAGGUGUCGGGCUGAACCUGACCGCAGCCUCACACGUGUUCCUCAUGGACCCAGCCUGGAACCCGGCGACUGAGGAGCAGUGCAUCGACCGCUGUCACCGUUUGGGACAAAAAAAGAAAGUUGUUGUUACCAAGUUCAUUGUGAAGGACUCUGUGGAGGAAAACAUGGUGAAGAUUCAAAAGAAAAAGCAGGACCUGGUGGAAAAAGCUUUUGGAGCGUCCAGCAACAGCAAAAAGUCCUCACGAAUCGAUGACAUUAAAACUCUGAUGGAGAUUACAAUAUGAUUAAAAUGUACGUUUAAUUAUGUUAUUACUUAUAAUAUAAGUUGAAUUUUGCACAGCGUCUUCUGUUCUUAAUGCUUUAAGUUUGCAUUUAUUUUAUUUUCUGUCUUUAAUGUUGGAAAGUUUCACAGAUCUAUUAAGUUUUAUUGUAAAGUUCAAAGUGAUGUUAAUGUGCUCAGGAAUAAGGGGUGUGUCAUAGUCAGGAGAGUUUAAACAGGGGAGACAAAGGGGUGUGUUGUCUUGGACCCACUUCUAUCAGUUUAUUUUAGAGGGGGGCCCAUGUGAGGUUUCUUGCCCCGGACCCCCACAUUUCUGUCAACGGGCCUGGUCACGAUGGUAAAUAAUCCACUAGAACUAAUUUCUGUACUGACUCUGUGGUUUUACUUCAUACUGUAUUCAGACAUUUCUAGUUGGGGUGAGUUUUAGAAGAUUUUUUUUUUUUUUUGCUUAACUAUAUCAGAUGAACUACAACUAAAACAGACAAGGGUUCAUUUGGAACUAAACCAGGUCCGAAGGAUUACCCACUGGACCAGACCUAAAGCAGGACUAAUGUAGUUGUAGAUCAAAACUAUUAGAUCUACUUUGAUCUAAGUUAGAACUAAGCCAAUUUAAACCAGGAUUAAACCACUAAUGCCACUGUUUUUGAACCUCACCACUUUAAUGUCUUCUCUACCAAAUCUGACUCUUACUUGUAAUUUUCUCAACAACUAACAGACUUUCAGUGGUGGAAGAAGUACUGGUACUCAAUUUUGUACACGUAAAAGUGCAGAUACUGGAGCAAAAAUAUUAAAGCAUCACAUGAAAAAAAUCCACUGUCAAAGUAUUAAAGUACCGGUUUCAAAAUGUGCUUAAAGAGUAAAGUUGACGUUUUAUGUGCCUAUUUUUCUUUGCUCAAAUCAUGAACGUGUUAAAAAUAAACCCCUGAAAUACUUUCAGUCCUGUUAAAAAAUGUACUGGAGUAAAAGUAAAAAGUAUGUACUACUUAAAGCCUGAGUAGAGUAGAUACCUAAAAUUUGUACAGCACUUUACUUUGUUACAUUCUACUGCUGCAAACUUUACAAUAUCAAUAAAGAUCUUUGCC